GAAAAAAAAGUUGCAUAAAUCAUUGUUAAUAAAGCUUACCAUUAUGAAUAUGUGCAUUUGCAUAGGCACAAAACUUGUUUAAAAUAGACUCGACUUUACCAAAUCCGACCCGCACAUCCAUGAACCGACCAAGCACAAGAAAAAGCAACGGGAUUGGCUCAACGAACGGUGCCGUAUCAUUGGUAACGUUGCGUGUCACUGGCAGUUGCAAUUUUCCCACCAAAAGUCCUCCAGAUUUUUCCAGAAUCUUAUUCUUUAAUUUUCACUUGCGUUUCUCUCAAUUUUUCACAUUUCAUUUUUCCUGUAUUUUUGGGGAUUUAUUGCUUGAUUUAUGGACACCAGGACUUCCAGAAUUGGUGAAUCAAGUUCAGCUGUGAUGGCACGAAAUAACAAUGUUGGGAAUGGAAGUCUCAUCCCACAGCUAUUUACAUCUGUGCCAGCUCUCAAUGAUGCUGCUUCUUUUAUUGCUGAAACAACUUCAUACAUAACUAGUUGUUUCCCAGAUUUUUCAGACCAAAGCACAAGGGAAGCUGGUGUUAGAGAUGAGCGAGAAACAGCACCUUUGAUCUCUAUGCAAACAACGGAAUCGCUUUCUCCAGGUCACCUUUAUAUGAAUGAAACUAAUGGAAGCAACCCUGGACUUUCUGCUUCAGCUAAUUCAUCUGGGGCUCUGCAGUUAAGUGGAGAUGUUCAAAGAGAUGCAGCAAAUAUAUCAUCAGAAAAUUUUGGUGCUUCAGCGCAAUCAGCUUCUAUGAGUACCAGCCAAUCUGGAAUUUCCCUCUUUCAAGGGCUAGUUGAGCGUGCACGAAGGACUGUUCGUGGAUCAGCAGAUGAUAUUGGUUGGCUUCAACGUGAUCCAAAUAUGCCACCAGUGGAAAAUGGAACCGAGAGAUUUAUGGAAAUUCUUGACAGUAUCAGUCAUGGUGUCCACAGGCUACCAAAGUCAAUGAUUUAUUUGUUAGUUCCAGGCCUUUUUAGCAACCAUGGACCACUCUAUUUUACCAGCACAAAAACCUGCUUCUCAAAGAUGGGUUUAGCAUGUCAUAUUGCCAAGAUUCAUAGUGAGGCUUCAAUUGAGAAAAAUGCUAGAGUACUGAAAGAAUACAUUGAGGAGAUAUAUUGGGGUUCUAAUAAGCGUGUCAUGCUGCUGGGUCAUAGCAAAGGAGGAGUAGAUGCAGCUGCUUCUUUGUCUAUGUAUUGGCCAGAUCUGAAGGAUAAGGUUGCUGGCUUGGUAUUAGCUCAGAGUCCAUAUGGUGGUAGUCCAAUAGCUUCAGAUAUUCUAAGGCCAGGACAACUUGGUGAUUAUGUCAAUGCACGUAAACUCAUGGAAAUUCUGAUCUGCAAAGUAAUUAAGGGUGAUCUGCAAGCUUUAGAAGACUUGACAUAUGAGAAAAGACGGGAAUUUUUGAAGAAAUAUCCAUUACCCAAGGAACUGCCUGUUGUAUCAUUUCAUACAGAAGCUAAAAUCUCCCCUGCUGUACUGGCGACAUUAUCUCAUGUGGCACAUGCAGAACUAGGUCAGGCUGCAAAACUUCCUGUGAUGAUACCGCUUGGAGGUGCAAUGGCUGCAUGUGCCCAGCUUCUUCAGGUCAGGUAUGGGGAGAAGAGUGAUGGCCUUGUGACUUGUCGUGACGCUGAAGUCCCUGGCUCAGUGGUAGUUCACCCAAAAAGAAAGUUGGACCAUGCAUGGAUGGUGUAUUCAUCAUCAAAUGAUGAUCCAACUGAAGCUAAUGCUUCACAAAUGUGUGAGGCUCUCAUACAGCUGCUCUGGGAAGUAGGGCAACGGAGGAGUCAGGAACUUGGUUUGAAAGAGGAAUGAUGAUAGGACUGGUGUUUCUGCCCUUUGUAAAAAGUAAAGGAUACGCUUGAUACAUCGCUUUCUAUUAAUGAAUUGUAUUUUAUGAGGCAUUGAAGAUAGCCUAGUGAUGACACCCUCAUGGUUUUUGGCAUCGGCCUGAGAUUGACCCUUGCCUCUCACCUCCCAUGUUUUAGUCCCAGGAGAGUGCAUUAUGUAAUCCUACCCCCUGUAUGUAUAUAUACACCACUUGAAUUAGAAAAGGAGUUCUCAGUUUCUGGCAGCUGAUUAGAAGAACCUUUAACCCAAGGUGUUUAACUGUUUAAGGUGAUACUUUGUAUGCUGUUGUUUUUUCUUUUACCAAUCAAUAACUCUUGACAAUGGGGAA